AUGGCUCAACAAAAUAACUAUUACUUCAUCUGGCAAAGAACCAUCCUGACUAGAAACUUCUGGAAGAGUGCGUGUGUGGUGCUGCCACCGUAGGUGAUGACUGUCACUCCAUGUCCUCUUCCAUCUGUCCUUAGGGAGCAGCUGAGGUCCCAUGACAGCCUAGGUUGCCCCUGUGGCAGCAGUAGUGAACAGCCGCACAGCUUUUUCCGUCAUUCCUGCCACAGCGAUGCCUCCACAGUGAAUGGAAAUGGGCCCAGCCCUCUGCCUGUGUAUGAGCAGCCUGAACCCCUAGCUGGAUCUUGGGCUGUUCCAGAGGAAACCUCAACCCCAUCUGGAAGCCAAGGUGAAGAACUUCUAGAAGACCCAAACCUUCAUUUGAGUAUUGAAGAAUCAAACAAGAAGUUCAUGGCAGAAAGUGAAGAACUGGACGACUCCCUCAUGACCUGUCACUGGCAGCCUGUGGACACCAUCCUGUCUAACGUCCCUGGGAUCUGUGCCUACCAUGAACUCUCAAGGGUUGAAAAAUGA